AUGACCAACGACAUCAUCGCGCAAAUAAUCCCACCCCGCACCCCAAGUGAAGACUUUCUUCUGCAGACAAUUCACGGUUUACUUCGCACCACCGUCCAGACCAUCAAAAUGCUCUCCUUAAUCCUCACCGCGGAACUCAACGGAGUCACCGAGCUUCGUCCUACCGAUACUGAGGACAAUCCUUACUACUAUACCUUCAAGGUUCAAUGCAAUGCUUGUCGCGAGACUCACCCGAACUGGGUCAGCUUCACCCGCUUUGAGCAACAUGAGAUCCCCGGAAGCCGUGGGGAGGCCAACUUUGUGUGGAAAUGCAAACUUUGCCAGGUGGGUUUGAAAUCCAAGCUAAGGAACAUGGCCUAUUGCUCCUUGCUCUGGCUUUAA